AUGAAGAAUAUUGAGCACGUAAAGGGCGGACUCUUGAAAGGCUCUUAUGAAUGGAUAUUGCACCAUCCAAACUUUCUUCAAUUGCAAAAUGACAGCGGAAAACAACUCCUUUGGAUAAAAGGUGAUCCUGGCCACGGGAAAACGAUGCUAUUGAUAGGCAUCAUUGAAGAGCUGGAGCAUUCGGCCCCGGAGGCUAAUCUUGCCUAUUUCUUUUGCCAGGGUACAAAUGCGCCCAUGAAUACUUCCAAAGCUACUCUACGAGGCCUGAUCUACCGACUCAUUCGGAAAAGGCCUCCUUUGAUAGCCCACGUUCGCGAGAUAUAUGAUCGCCACAAGAGCAUAUUUGAAGACGGGAGCUCUUUUUUUGCAUUAUCAGAAGUGGCUGCUCGCAUACUACGUGAUCCCAAUAUCGGAAGGGCAUAUAUAGUCAUUGAUGCACUUGAUGAAUGCGAAACGAAUCAGGAUCAGCUGUUAUCGUUUAUUGCUCAAAACGUAUCGGCCUCGCCUUCUGUGAAAUGGAUUGUUUCCAGCCGCAAAGUGCCAACCAUUGUUAAUAAACUCGGUCGAGCUGAGCCUAGCAAGCAAUUGCAUUUGGAUCUUACAGACAACCAAGAUGAUAUGGCUAGUGCCGUGGGAUAUUACAUUGAAACCAAAGUUGCGACUUUAGAGGCCUUGAGUGACGACGAAGAGAAGCGAGAUGAGGUCCAAAACACCAUGCGUGAGAAGGCAGCUCAUACUUUUCUCUGGGCAGCUCUCGUCAUUCAAGAACUCGAGAAGGCCAAUGAAUGGGAUGUUCUCUUUGUUCUCAACAGUCUACCCUUCGGGCUUGAAGGGCUCUAUGGCAAGAUGAUAAGCCAGAUCAAUCAUCUCGGUUGGAAAAACCCGGAAUUCUGUCAUCGAAUCCUUGCGACGGCUACUCUCGCAUAUCGCCCCCUUGCAUUGGGAGAGAUAUCGGUUCUGGCUGGAUUACCCACCGAAAUAUCGAGUGCUUCUAGGAAUGUCAAGAAGCUUGUGACUAUGUGCGGAUCAUUUUUUAGGGUUCAGGACGAUCUCGUGGAAUUCAUUCACCAAUCAGCAAGAGACUACUUGAGCAGCACUGCAGAAUCUGCGAUCUUUGAGGCAUCCUAUGCUACUACUCAUUUCGAUCUCUUUUCACGCUCAAUUGAGGCCAUGUCAAACCAGCUCAGCCGAGAUAUUUACCAGCUUUAUUGUCCUGGAAUCCUUAUCAAAGAAAUCAAAGCCCCAGAUCCUGAUCCGCUGAGACAAAUUCGCUACUCGUGUAUCUACUGGGCUAACCAUCUUUGCGAGGCAGGCAAAGAAUGCAGCGAGGCUGAAUAUGCACUCCGAGAUCAUGGCGAAGUGCACCAAUUUUUCAACAAGCAUCUUCUUCACUGGAUUGAAGCUUUGUCCCUGAUUGGCGCAACUGGCGAUGGAAUAAUUGCGGUUAUCCAACUUCAAAAUCUGAUGAAAGUCAGUUAG